AACAGUGCUUUGUGUUGGCAGCUUUCCGUAUUGCACAGUGUUCACGAUCGCUGUUUUGUCCGCAGUCCAGGAUUGAUGAGCAAGGAGGGAUCGACACUCUUGACUAAAUUCUCCUGAGUUUGUUGUUAAGAUGUUCAAACCUCCACUCGGGACGUCCACCGUCAUCUCGCUGGACCAAAACAUCUUUCGUUGAAGUUUCGUGCCCGAUUAAAGUCGUCUCGGUGAACAUUGGUGUUUCUCGGCCUAGUUUAGCUUCGUGUGAGCAAUGUGCUCAAGGACAUCAGAAUACGAGGAGGAACUUUGUGGAGAAAAAGAGGACCACAAGGGACAACGUCAACUGCUGGACGCCAUUGGCAGGAUUCAGCCAAGAGUUCUUCACAGAUUAGACAUCAGCAAAGAUGUUUGUCCUGAGUGGCUGGAUGCACAGUCUUCUCACAUUCAAGAGGAAGAGGAGAAAAAAGAGAUCUCCCACUUAAAAGAGGAAGUGGAGCAGCAGGCCCAAUAUAUUAAAGAGCAGGAGCUACAGCACUGUUGCACGAAAGUGGAGGUGGAUGAGCCCCCUGACAUCAAAGAAGAAGAGGAGGAGGAGGUUAUCUGCAAGGUGCCAUUUACUGGUGUCUUUCAGAGGAGUAUAAAUGAGGCAGACAGAGAGGCUCCAAGCACCAGCUCAUGUCAACACAUGACAACAAAAGGUGUUGGAAACCACCAGGAAGAAUCAAAAGUAAACGGUAUCUUAGCUCCACGAUCAGAAAGUGACAUGUCAUUAAAUGCAGAUGAGGAUGAGGAGGAUGAAGAUGACUCUGAAGGUGAUCUGACAUGUAACACAGACAACAAACCCUGGAAAUGUUCUCACUGUGGGAAAAUGUAUGCUUGUAAAAGUGCUUUGGAAUUCCACAUCGGAACACAUACUGGUGCAAAACCGUUCACCUGUUCAAACUGUGGCCAGAAAUUCUCUUGUAAGGCAAGCUUAAAAAGUCACAAAAGAACCCAUACCGGUGAGAAACCUUUUGCUUGCACAGUUUGUGGGCAAAGAUUUGCUGAGAAGGGAAAGUUAACAAACCACGUAAGAACUCACACUGGUGAGAAACCUUUUGCCUGCGCAGUUUGUGGCCAAACAUUCUCUCAGAAGGGACACUUAACAUGUCACACAAGAAUCCACACUGGUGAGAAACCUUUUGCCUGCGCAGUUUGUGGGCAAAGAUUUUCUGAGAAGGGAAGCUUAAAAAUACACACAAGAAUACACACUGGUGAGAAACCUUUUGCCUGCGCAGUUUGUGGCCAAACAUUCUCUCAGAAGGGACACUUAACAUGUCACACAAGAACCCACACUGGUGAGAAACUUUUUGCCUGCUCAGUUUGUUACCAAAGAUUCUCUCGGGUGGGACACUUAAAUGUUCACAAAAGAAUACACACUGGUGAGAAACCUUUUGCCUGCUCAGUUUGUUACCAGAUUCUUUCGGAAGGGACACUUAAAUGUUCACAAAAGAACACACAUUGGUGAGAAACCUUUUGCUUGUUCAGAUUGUGGCCAAAGAUUCUCUCAGAAGAAAACCUUAAAAACACACACCGGAACACACACAAGUGAGAAGCCUCUUGCCUGCUUAGUUUAUGAUAACAAAUUCUCUUGUAACAGUAACUUAAAAAGGCACAUUCUAGCCCACGCUGGUGAAUAAACAUUUGCCUCUUCAGUUUGUGGCCAAAGAUUCUCUCAGCAGGGAAGCUUGAAAAAACACGAAAA